CUAGAGCGAUGAUGGCCGGCAGACUGCACGGCUGGAGCUGGGCGGCUCUUCUCCAGCUCCUUCUUGGCAUGAACCUGAUGGUGAUGCCACUCACCCAGGCCCGGAGUCUGCGCUUCGUUACCUUGCUUUACCGACAUGGAGACCGUUCACCAGUGAAGACAUAUCCCAAGGACCCCUAUCAGGAAGAGGAAUGGCCCCAGGGGUUUGGUCAACUAACCAAGGAAGGGAUGCUACAGCACUGGGAGCUGGGCCAGGCUCUGCGACAGCGCUACCAUGGCUUUCUAAACACCUCUUAUCACCGUCAGGAGGUGUAUGUGCGAAGCACGGACUUUGACCGUACUCUCAUGAGUGCUGAGGCCAACCUGGCUGGACUCUUCCCUCCCAAUGGGAUGCAGCGCUUCAACCCUAACAUAUCAUGGCAGCCUAUCCCUGUUCACACUGUGCCCAUCACUGAGGACAAGCUGCUGAAGUUUCCAUUGGGCCCGUGUCCACGUUAUGAGCAGCUGCAGAAUGAGACUCGGCAGACACCAGAGUAUCAGAAUGAGAGUAUUCGGAAUGCACAAUUUCUGGACAUGGUGGCCAAUGAGACAGGACUUACAGACCUGACUCUGGAGACUGUCUGGAAUGUCUAUGACACACUCUUCUGUGAGCAAACCCAUGGGUUACUCCUGCCACCCUGGGCCUCACCCCAAACCAUGCAGCGUCUGAGCCAGCUAAAGGACUUCAGCUUCCGCUUCCUCUUCGGGAUCCAUGAGCAGGCAGAGAAGGCCCGGCUUCAGGGGGGAGUCUUGCUGGCUCAGAUACGGAAGAACCUGACCCUAAUGGCAACUACCUCCCAACUCCCUAAGCUGCUGGUGUACUCUGCGCACGACACUACCCUUGUUGCUCUGCAAAUGGCACUGGAUGUCUACAAUGGUGAACAAGCCCCCUACGCCUCCUGCCACAUAUUUGAACUCUACCAGGAAGAUAAUGGGAAUUUCUCAGUGGAGAUGUACUUUCGGAAUGAAAGUAAGAAGGCCCCCUGGCCACUGAUCCUGCCUGGCUGCCCUCUACGCUGCCCACUGCAGGACUUCCUUCACCUCACAGAGUCCGUUGUGCCCAAGGACUGGCAGCAGGAAUGCCAGCUGGCAAGCAGUACUGCAGACACAGAGGUGAUCGUGGCCUUGGCUGUCUGUGGCUCCAUACUCUUCCUUCUCAUAGUGCUGCUCCUCACCGUCCUCUUCCGGAUGCAGGCCCAGCCUCCUGGCUACCGCCACAUUGCAGAUGGGGAGGACCAUGCCUGACAACCACUCAGCCCCCUUCCCUCUGCCUCCUAGGGGAGGUGGGCUGGGCCCUGUUCCUGACUGUUACUGCUCCUCAGCCUAUGGAUAGGAGACCCUGGGUUGGGCCUCCUUAAUUAUACCAGCCCAGACGAGCAAGUGGGGCUCGGCUUGGCCCACGGUACCUAUUCACUCGGCAUUCACAUGCCUGAUGUUCACCAAGUACUGUGUUGGACAUUGGCUUUCUCCAAACAGGAUUUGCCUCUUCCAUAUUCCCCAAGGACCUGAGAUGUAGACAAGCAUUCGGGUUUCACUCAGGACCUGGGAUAAAAAAAACUGAAGGAGUCGGUGCUUGAUCCGCCUUGCUCUUCCACCAAGCCCUGCUCUUUAUCUUCCAGCCUGGAGUCUUUGGCAAAUGGGUCACUGGACAUCAUCUUGCCUCUCAGUGCUUAUUUAGAGGGAAAAAUUGCACAACUCUGGGGGUACACAACAUUUGCUACCAAGGACCUGGAUCCCCCAACAACCAGCCAACCAAGUUUUCCUUUGUCCAGCUGAAGCUACCAUUAGUCUCAAUGGUUCAGGCACUUCUGUCACCCCUUGAUGACUUGAGCAGGUCUGGAAGGGGGUUUGUAUUAUACUGGGGAGGGAGUUGGGGGAGGUGGGAGGGAGCAAAUCAUAUAGAAUCAUGAAAAAUUCCCUCAGCUGGAUUGGGCUCUCCAGGGACCUGAGGUAAAUGUAGGUGGUGAAUUGGAUAGCUCGACUAGCACAGAAUAAGGCUGAGGUAGCUCCCGGAGAAUGAAGUUUUGGAUUGUGAAUGCUG